UGUGUGUGUGGUGCGGCUGCGGGCGCCGCGCGCCUGUAUCAGCCCGCCGGGCCCGACGACCUUUUUUUUUUUAUCCCCCCCCCCUCCCCCCCCCCUUUUUUUUUUUCCCGUGAGAAGUGAAGUAGAGGAGAGGUGGGGGGGGAAAAAAAAAAACCCCACACGCACGGCAAGCACGGAGCCGCCCCCCGGCACAACGUACAGAGGGCGAGCAGAGGCAGGGAUAAUUCCUUCUUCUUCUUCAUCAUCAUCAUCAUCUUCAUCCUCCUCCUCAGCAUCCCGCCAAGUGUGAGGGACUGGGGGGGGGGGGCUCAUGCCACCUGCCCCCGCGCCCUGCGGGUCGGCGGAGCCCCAUAGGAGCGAGCGGCGGCAGCGCUGAGGAAGGAUGGCGGACACGGAUCUUUUCAUGGAAUGUGAGGAGGAGGAGCUGGAGCCAUGGCAAAAAAUCAGCGACGUCAUCGAGGAUUCCGUGGUGGAGGAUUACAAUUCCAUGGAAAAAAAUUCCACAGGUGGGAACGCCGCUGUCCAGCCUGGCGGGCAGUCCCUGCUGCUGGCUCAGAGCCCCGCGCCCGGCCUGGGCGCGGUGGUGACGCAGCCGCUGCUGCGGCCGGUUCAGCUGAUGCAGAACGCCAACCACGGCACCAACCCUCCUGCAGGCACCCAGCCCAUCUUCAUCACCACCCAGGGAUUCCCAGUGCGGAAUGUCCGGCCCGUGCAGAGCCCCAUGAACCAGGUGGGCAUCGUGCUCAAUGUCCAGCAGGGCCAGACUGUCCGGCCCAUCACCCUCGUGCCAGCCCCAGGGACGCAGUUUGUGAAGCCGGCGGUGGGCGUGCCGCAGGUGUUCUCUCCGGUGGCUCAGGUGCGAGCGGGCAGCGCCGGGCCCGGCCGGCCGGCCACCAACACCUUCGCCACCGUCAUCCCGGCCACGCUGACCCUGCGCAGCACCGUGCCCCAGGCACAGGUGCCCCAGCAGAUGAGCAUCGCCAGCUUCGUGACGGUGAAGCGCCCGGGCGUUCCCGGCGACGGCUCCGGUGGCCCCGAGGUGGCCAAGCUGGUGAACACGGUGGGCACGGUGCCAUCGCUGGCCCCCGGCCCCGCCGCGCUGGCCGCGCCGAACUGCGGCCCCGGCGCCGGGCAACAGCGCGGCAACGCCGAGGCCGCCGCCUCCUCCGCUCCCAGGAAAGGCAGCGCCUCGCCCGUGGCCGGGCUGGAGCUGCAGGACGGCGGCCGCAAGGUUUGUCCCCGCUGCGAGUCCCAGUUCCGCGUCACCGAGGCCCUGCGCGGACACAUGUGUUACUGCUGCCCGGAACUGGUGGAAUUCCUGAAAAAACGCAAAUCCCUGGAAGCCGAUCCCGCCCCUCCCUCGGCCCGAGCCCCCUCCCCAUCCCCGGCACCGGCGCCGGCACCGGCCCCGGCACCGACCCCUCCCAAGGCGGCUCCCGAGGGCUCCGAGCCCGGCGCCGACCCGGCCCAGGCCAAGCUCAUCAUGCUGGUGGACGAGUUCUACUACGGGCGCGACGGCGGCAAAGGCGCGGCGCUGCCCGCCUGCCCGCGCGUGCCAACCUCCUUCCGCUGCCCGCACUGCACCAAGCGCCUCAAGAACAACAUCCGGUUCAUGAACCACAUGAAGCACCACGUGGAGCUGGACCAGCAGAACGGCGAGGUGGACGUUCACACCAUCUGCCAGCACUGCUACCGCCACUUCAGCACCCCCUUCCAGCUGCAGUGCCACCUGGAGAACGUGCACAGCCCCUACGAGUCCAGCACCAAGUGCAAGAUCUGCGAGUGGGCGUUUGAGAGCGAGCCGCUCUUCCUGCAGCACAUGAAGGACACCCACAAACCCGGGGAGAUGCCCUACGUCUGCCAGGUGUGCCAGUACCGCUCGUCGCUGUACUCGGAGGUGGACAGCCACUUCCGGCUGAGCCACGAGGACACGCGGCACCUCCUGUGCCCCUACUGCCUCAAGGUCUUCAAGAACGGCAACGCCUUCCAGCAGCACUUCAUGAGGCACCAGAAGAAGAGCGUGUACCACUGCAACAAGUGCCGGCUGCAGUUCCUGUUUGCCAAGGACAAGAUCGAGCACAAGCUGCAGCACCACAAAACCUUCCGCAAACCCAAACAGCUCGAGGGGCUCAAACCCGGCACCAAGGUGACGAUCCGCGCCUCCCGGGGCCCGCCCCGCUCGCUGCCUCUGGAACCUUCCCUGGGGAUGGGCUCGGAUCCGGCUCCGCUGGGAUCUUCCUCCUCCUCCUCCUCCUCCUCCGACCCCCAGCCCCUCUUCCUGUGCCACCGCAACGCGCCCCGCAGAGCCGGCAAAAAACGUCAGUGCGGUUUGGGCCGGCAGACGUGUCUGGAGUGCAGCUUCGAGAUCCCGGAUUUCCCCAACCACUUCCCCACCUACGUGCACUGCUCCCUGUGCCGCUACAGCACCUGCUGCUCCCGCGCCUACGCCAACCACAUGAUCAACAACCACGUUCCCCGGAAAAGCCCCAAAUAUUUGGCUUUGUUCAAGAACUACACGGCCAGGUAUGGAAAAAAAAUUCCCAAAAUCCCAAAAUUCUUUGGGAAUUCCUGACCUUUUUUCAUUCUGGGGGAAAAAUCCAGGGAUUUUGGGGAUUUUUGAUUUCCAGGCUCAUCUUGGAUAUCACAUUCCAGGCACUUUUCACCCCAAACCCCCCCAUUUUUCUCUCCCCAGGCACACCCAGGACGCUCCCCCCCAUUUCCCACCCCACUCCCCCCCUCCCAAACCCCAAACCCCCCAACAACCCCAACCAACCCCGACCCCUCCACCCCCAGAAAACCCAAACCCUUCCCCCAGCCCCCAAAAAGAGGCGGAAAACACCAAAAAGAGCAACUUUCCGUCAAAAAGCUCCGCGUGGUUCUCUUCGCCCUCUGCUCCAGCACGGAGCAGGCGGCCGAGCAUUUCCGGAACCCUCCGCGCCGCAUCCGCCGCUGGCUGCGGCGCUUCCAAGCCUUCCAGGACGAGCCCGGAACUUUCCGAGGGAAAUAUCUCAGCCUGGAAGCCGAGGAGAAGUUGGCGGAGUGGGUUUUGACCCAGCGGGAGCAGCAGCCGGUGAACGAGGAGACGCUUUUCCAGAAAGCCACGAAAAUCGGGAGAUCUUUGGAGGGAGGAUUCCAGAUCUCCUACGAUUGGGCGGUGAGGUUCAUGCUGCGGCAUCACCUCAGCACCCACACCCGCCGGGGAGUCUCCCACCCUCUCCCCAAGGAGAUCCAAGGAAACGCCGGAGCUUUCAUCGAGUUCGUGCAGCGGCAGAUCCACACGCAGGAUCUGCCGCUCUCCAUGAUCGCCGCCGUGGAUGAGAUCUCGCUCUUCCUGGACGCCGAGGUUUUGGGCAGCGACGAGCGCAAGGAGAACGCGCUGCAGACGGUGGGGGAACGGAGAACCUUGGUGCGAGCUGGGUGGUGACGGGUGCUGGCCGACGGCAGCGUCCUCCCCGCCCUGCUCAUCUCCAGGGGUCACCUCCCCUCGCCCGCCGCCGUCCCCAAAUCCAUCCUGCUGGAAUCCAAGGAGGACGGAUGCGGCGACGACGAGAUCAUGGAGUUAUGGGCUGCCAUGGUGUGGAGGAAACACACGGAGUGCCGACUUCCAAAGGGAUGUUGUGUCCUGGAUUGCCACCGGACGCAUCUCUCCGAGGAGGUGCUGGCCGUGCUCAGCGCGGCCGGGACGCUGCCGGCGGUGAUCCCGGCGGGAUGCAGCUCCCGCGCCCAACCCUUGGACGUCUGCGUCAAGAGAUCCCUGAAAAAUUUCCUCCAUAAAAAAUGGAAAGAACGAGCCAAGGAGCUGACGGAUUCCGACUCCUCCGCGCUGCUCCAGCUGCUGCUGGGGUGGUUGGGAGAAGCUCUGGAGAUCCUCGGCAAUUGCCCGGAGUUGGUCCGGAAAUCUUUCCUGCUGGCCAGCGUCCUGCCGGCGCCGGCCGGCAACUCGCAUCGCCCGCGGCGCAACGGCGACGAGCAAGAGGAGCUGAUCGCCGCCAUGGAGGAGAGGAUGAGAAUCGCCAAAAGCGGGGAAUCCUCCCCGGAAUUCCCGGAAAACGAGGAGGAGGAGGAGGAGGAAGAGGAGGAGGCUGAUCCCGAAAUCCUGCAGCGGCUCUUCGAGGGGGAGAGCGAGGUGGAGUCGUUCAACGGAUUCGAGGAGGCGGAUUUGGAGCUGAUGGAAGGUUGA